AUGACCUCGCUCGUGUUGACUCCGAAAGUGGAACGGAGCAACUUUGUUGACGGAGUAUUCGACAACGUAGACAGCGAAAUGCUCCUUCCAAUUUGGUUGAAUGUACUUUUGAAGAUUCUCCAUAAUUACAGCGGUGGCCAAACAGUCUGUCAAGUUGACGGCCCGGUGGAUGUGGCAGCUCGAUUGGUACCAUUUCUUCGGGACCAGAAGCUGGAAGUUUCAUGUGAGCAUCAAAACAGGACAAUCACAAUCGCAAUCUCCGAAGACAAACCUCCGCCGUCCUUCCACGAGUUCUUUUCUUUGCUCAUGGACCAAGGGUGGAAGAUUGACGAGAUGAAUACUCUUAUGAGCCCUCUGACCGGUAUCUUUGUCGAGAGCUUCCUCUUGAGCUCUAAGGGAAGGAAUGGAGGGAAAGAAACAGGAGCAGACCUUCAAAGCUUUGAGGUACGCGAUGGAACGGAUUCAAUCCAAGUCGAAAUGGAACUCCCGGGUGCGAAUCUUUCGAACAUCAAUAUCUCUGUUGGUGAAGACAAGGAACUACUCACUAUCUCAGGCGAACGUCGAAUUCCAGGAAGCAGCAGCAUGACAUCCUUUAGCAAGAGCUUCAACCUUGGCGUUCCUGUGGAAGAGGAUCAAGUUAUCACCAAACUGAACAACGGCAUCUUAUUGGUAACCGCGCCCAAAAUGCAGACUGUGAAGGAACCAAAGAAGCUUCAGAUUCCCAAUAAUGUUUGA